CGCCAUUUUAACUUCCUGCCUCAAAAGACGAAGAGCUCAUCGCAGAGCAUUUUUAUUUUCGUACGCCAUAUCAUUUAACUGUAUUUAGGGGUGUAUCUUGUUAAUUUUCACCACAGAAAUCAAAGUUUUGUUCUCUUGUUAGUUUCUGACAGAUUGUGUAGGUUAUUUUCAGCCGGAAAGUCGCAAUGCCGAGCCACCCGCUGCGUGUAGCGGUUGUGUGCUCGAGCAACCAGAACCGCAGUAUGGAAGCGCACAAUAUCCUCAGCAAACGUGGAUUUGAUGUCCGAUCAUUUGGGACAGGGUCCCACGUGAAGCUACCCGGUCCUGCCCCGGAUAAGCCUAAUGUGUAUGACUUCAAAACGACUUAUGAACAGAUGUACAACGACUUGGUCCGCAAGGACAAGGAACUAUACACACAGAAUGGCAUCCUGCACAUGCUGGACCGCAACAAGCGCAUUAAAUCAAAGCCAGAGCGCUUUCAGCACUGCAAGGACAAGUUUGACCUGGUCAUCACCUGUGAGGAGAGGGUCUAUGACCAAGUGCUGGAGGAUCUGAAUUCGAGAGAGCAGGAGACUCUCCAACCUGUGCACGUUAUCAAUGUAGACAUUCAGGACAACCACGAGGAAGCCACGCUGGGUGCCUUCCUCAUCUGUGAGCUCUGUCAGUGUAUCCAGCACACAGACGACAUGGAGAAUGAAAUCGAUGAACUCUUACAGGAGUUUGAGGAGAAGAGCAACAGGCCUUUCCUCCACACUGUCUGCUUCUACUGAUACACAACACAAACGAGCAAUAAACACAGACCGGGAUCACACGCAAUCAAAGAAUAGAAUAUGGACGUGCGCCCCUCUGGCACGGCGCACAAACGCUGUGCGCCGGCACAGACGCGCCUGAUGCUUUGGGUCAGGACAGAACGAAUGAGUGCUGUUGGACGUUGUGGUUACGAUGAGUUCUUCCUCUGAGGCCGAGGACAGACUCGCUGCUUUCACUCUGCCUUUAUUUCUCCAGAUCGAGGUUAGGGCCAGGGCUCCCAACCAUCCCAGUCAAGUGAAAUCACACAACCAUGUCUCCUCAGGGAGAGCCAUGACACCCCCCCCCCCCCCCCC